AAAUCAUAUGAAAACGAGUAUUCUCUCUCUGUCUUCCAUUUCUUUAGCUUUUUUUAUUUCAAAUCUCAUGCCUCAACCUCAAAUCCUGCACUCUCUUUCCACUCUGCUUCCCAAGAUCCACAGUGAACUGCAAACUAUAUAAAACAGAGUAUUUCUUUUUCUUUGUUAUCCCAUUCUCAUCUUCAAUCAUGUAUUUAUCUCGCAACUAAAUUCCCAAUUCAAAAUUAUUGGUUCUUCUCCUAAAUCUUGAUCUGGGUGUCAAGUUUUGCUCUGUUUUCUCUGUUCUUGCUGUGGAAUUUUGAGCUCAAGCUGAAAGAAAAUGGCUCCAAACUCAGUUGUUGUCACCUUGGAGAAGCCUAAGGACUUCUCUAUAGUAGAAAUCAAUGCUUCAGAUCCAUCUUUGUUUCCUGAGAAACAAAAGGCUGCAAGUCCCAAGCAAUUCACAUGGGUUCUUCUCCUCAAAAUCUAUAAAGCUCUCACUUGCGUUUCAUGGUUUGCAAUGGUUUUUAAAUCCACAUUUCUCUCAAUAAAGAAACGCAUUGCUUUCUCUGAAAUGAGUGAAGAGGAGCCCAGAAGUAGAGGAAGGUUGUACAGAUUUAUCAAAGCAUUUCUUGCUAUGUCAAUAGUAGCUUUGGUAAUAGAAAUUGUUGCCCAUUUCAAGAAAUGGAACUUGAAUCUGAUACAUCCAUGGGAGAUUCAGGGUCUUGUUCAAUGGUCUUAUAUGGCUUGGUUUUCAUUUAGAGUUCAUUACAUUGCCCCUCUGGUGAUUAAACUUUCACAAUUCUGUACUGUUCUGUUCCUGAUUCAAUCUCUCGACCGGCUAGUUCUCUGUCUCGGCUGCUUCUGGAUUAAGUACAAGAAGUUGAAGCCUGAGAUAAAUGGUGAGGCUUAUGAUAUUGAGGAUCCUUCAACUUUUCCAAUGGUUCUUGUUCAGAUUCCAAUGUGCAAUGAGAGAGAGGUGUAUGCACAAUCCAUUUCUGCAGCUUGUCAGCUUGAUUGGCCAAGGGACAGAUUGUUAAUUCAAGUCCUAGAUGAUUCAGAUGAUGGAAACGUGCAGCUUCUAAUCAAAGAUGAAGUUUCUUCUUGGCGUCAGAAAGGAAUCAAUAUAAUCUACAGACAUAGAUUAAUUAGAACAGGAUAUAAAGCAGGCAAUCUCAAUUCAGCUAUGAGCUGUGACUAUGUCCAGGAUUAUGAAUUCGUCGCGAUUUUCGAUGCAGACUUCCAGCCAAAUCCAGAUUUCCUCAAGCAAACAGUCCCUCACUUCAAGGGGAAUCCUGAGUUGGGUCUAGUUCAGGCUCGCUGGUCAUUUGUGAACAAGGAUGAGAACUUACUCACAAGGCUUCAAAACAUCAAUCUAUGCUUCCAUUUUGAAGUGGAACAGCAAGUAAAUGGUGCUUUUCUCAACUUCUUUGGGUUCAAUGGAACAGCAGGUGUGUGGAGAAUUAAGGCUUUGGAGGAUUCAGGAGGGUGGCUUGAGAGGACAACUGUUGAGGAUAUGGACAUAGCUGUUAGAGCACACUUAAAUGGAUGGAAAUUCAUUUUUCUCAAUGACGUUAAAGUGCUCUGUGAAUUGCCAGAAUCAUAUGAAGCUUACAAGAAACAGCAGCAUCGCUGGCAUUCUGGCCCCAUGCAACUGUUCCGCUUGUGCCUUCCAGCUAUAAUCACUUCCAAGAUAUCAAAGUGGAAGAAGGCAAAUCUGAUAUUUCUUUUCUUUCUUUUGAGGAAACUUAUACUUCCCUUUUACUCAUUCACACUAUUUUGUAUAAUACUUCCAUUGACCAUGUUCAUCCCCGAGGCAGAGCUACCUCUUUGGGUGAUUUGUUACAUACCCAUUUUCAUGUCCUUCUUGAAUAUUCUUCCUGCCCCAAAAUCCUUCCCUUUCUUGGUUCCAUACUUGCUCUUUGAGAACACCAUGUCUGUAACAAAGUUCAAUGCCAUGGUGUCUGGUCUAUUUCAGCUUGGAAGCGCUUAUGAAUGGGUUGUGACCAAGAAGACAGGAAGAUCAUCAGAGUCUGAUUUAUUAGCUUUUGCUGAGAGGGAAUCCAAAUCUUCAAAAGAAGAGAAAAUACAUAGGAGACAUUCAGAGUCUGGUUUGGAAUUGCUAAGUAAACUCCAGGAACAAGAAGCACCUCGUGUAAAAAAGAGAAAUAGGAUCUACAGGAAGGAACUUGCUCUUGCUUUUCUUCUGCUAACUGCAGCAGCAAGAAGCCUCUUGUCUGCCCAUGGAGUUCAUUUCUACUACUUGCUUUUUCAAGGUUUAUCUUUUCUGGUUGUUGGGUUGGAUUUGAUUGGUGAGCAGAUUAGCUGAGGAGCAGCUAGCAUGUACUGUCUCGCAGAUUAAGCUUAAAGCAGAUAAAUCCUUUUGGUGUUCAUAAAGAAUCAGAAGCAAAAAAGUAAAGAAAAAAAAUGCAGUUCUCUGGCAGCCAACUUUUCCCUGGAACUGGUUUACAUUACAGAUAGGAGAUGUUGAUAUAAUGCUACUGAGGUACUGGAAAAAGGCUGGGGUUGAGAAAAGUUAAGGUUGUACAAUAUCCAUGUAUGAAAUAAUGAGGAGCCAAUAUUCAUUUUUUUUAAUCUUUAAAUACUUUGGAAUAAAGUAAUUUGAUACAAGAUUUGUCUUCA